UUUCAUAUGUCACAUGAUCAUUACUUCAAAGAUGGCGAAGACAGGGAAAAUGGAUAUGAAUUCGUUGAACGGGCCGCUGGCCGAUCUGGCGGCGAUGAAUACGCACAAAAUGGCAAUAACGAGGGAUUAUAUUUCACAACCAAGAAUCACAUACAAGACUGUGUCUGGUGUCAACGGUCCACUUGUCAUUUUGGACGAUGUGAAGUUUCCAAAAUUUGCCGAGAUUGUCCAGUUGACCUUGGCUGAUGGAAGUUCAAGAAUGGGGCAGGUGUUGGAAGUCAGUGGAUCCAAAGCUGUAGUACAGGUGUUUGAGGGAACAUCAGGAAUUGAUGCCAAACACACACUAUGCGAGUUCACAGGAGACAUUCUGAGAAUGCCUGUGUCAGAAGACAUGUUAGGUCGAGUGUUCAAUGGAUCAGGGAAACCCAUUGACAGGGGGCCCCCAGUACUGGCCGAGGAUUACCUAGAUAUCCAAGGUCAGCCCAUUAACCCCUGGUCUAGGAUCUACCCUGAGGAAAUGAUCCAGACUGGCAUCUCCGCCAUUGACACCAUGAACAGUAUCGCCAGAGGACAGAAGAUCCCCAUCUUCUCUGCUGCUGGUCUCCCUCACAAUGAAAUUGCCGCCCAGAUUUGUAGACAGGGAGGUCUGGUCAAACUUCCAGGGAAGAGCGUGCUGGACGACCAUGAAGAUAACUUUGCCAUUGUGUUUGCUGCCAUGGGUGUGAACAUGGAGGCAGCUAGAUUCUUCAAACAAGACUUUGAAGAGAACGGUUCUAUGGAGAAUGUGUGUUUAUUCUUGAACUUGGCUAACGACCCAACAAUUGAGCGCAUCAUCACUCCUAGAAUAGCUUUAACCACGGCCGAGUUCUUGGCUUAUCAGUGUGAGAAGCACGUGCUGGUCAUCCUCACAGACAUGAGCUCCUACGCCGACGCCUUGAGAGAGGUAUCAGCAGCCAGAGAGGAAGUCCCCGGUCGUCGUGGUUUCCCUGGUUACAUGUACACAGAUUUAGCCACAAUAUACGAGAGAGCUGGUCGUGUAGAGGGCCGGAAUGGCUCCAUUACCCAGAUUCCCAUCUUAACUAUGCCAAACGACGAUAUCACCCACCCUAUCCCUGAUUUAACUGGUUACAUCACAGAGGGACAGAUCUAUGUGGACAGACAGCUUCACAACAGACAGAUCUACCCACCAAUCAACGUCUUACCCUCACUGUCUCGAUUGAUGAAGUCUGCUAUUGGGGAAGGCAUGACAAGAGAAGACCACUCCGAUGUCUCUAACCAACUGUAUGCCUGUUACGCCAUUGGUAAAGAUGUACAAGCCAUGAAGGCUGUGGUAGGAGAAGAGGCCCUGACCCCUGAUGACCUCUUGUAUCUAGAAUUCUUGACCAAGUUUGAGAAGAAUUUCAUCUCCCAAGGUCACUACGAAAAUAGAACAAUCUUUGAAUCUCUAGACAUUGGUUGGCAGUUGCUCCGAAUUUUCCCCAAGCAGAUGUUAAAGAGAAUUCCCCAGUCUACACUAGAGAAAUACUAUCCUCGUGAUGCUCACAAGAUGAACACCAGGGCUGGACCCAGUAAAGGCGCAGAACACAGUACCCAGCUAUAGGACCCCUCAUCCCCGCCCCACCCCCCUCCAGCAGUGACUUUGUGCAUUCCAAUUCUACAUCAUUGAUCAAAUCAUGCUUGUAUCAAGUGGCAAUAUUGCAAAGACUUAGAACUGUAAGCUGGAUACAUAGUGCUCGUUUCCCCCUAUUUAUUCUUUGUGUCAGGGUAUUUCUUCAUGUUAUGAUAUCUUACAAAAAUGUUAUAUAAGUUUCCCCUUUGAAAGGACCCAAAAAUUUUUUUUAGUAUAUACCGGUAAUGUGAAUUUGGUAUGAAGUGCUGAUAAUAGUGAAUAUCUUGUCAGGUUUGUUGUUUUUUAUGAUUGGUUGCAAAAUCUAGUCGUAUUUAGGCCGUGAUAUAUGUGUCACUGUAGAGCAUAGAUAUAUUGGACACACGGUAUUAUUCUGUCUAUAUCCUGUAGUGUAUAAUGCUGAUUUCUUGUGACACUUCAUUUCUAUUUACAAUGCCUUUUAAAAGGCAAAAUUAGGCAUUUAUUGUAUGCAGAUUUAAAAAAAAAAAUGAAUGUGAAAAUGGAGUGCUGUAGUAUUUGUCUUGGCUUCAUUAGUUACGACUUUAACACUUAUAUAUAUACAGUUACAUAUUAAUUGACACUUUGACACGCCCACUUUAGAAAGCAGGGGAUUCCCAUGACAGCAAGUACUCAGAGUAGCUUUGUGAUAGAAAACUUGUUUAUAGUCGGAUUGUAAAUAUAUCUAAGUAGACAACAGUGAUAUAUUAAAAGGCAAUGAUUGUCACUUUUGAUGCAGAGGAAAAAUAAGUAUUACCAGCUAAUUGUCUUGUCUCUGUAAAUUUUGUGAUAUAAAAAAUUAUAUAGGUAAUAUAUAUAUUUGAUUUGUGAAUAAAAAAAACAAUGAAAAUAAAAGUAAUACUCAUAAUAAA